UUGAGCUGGUUUUUGAGAAAAAAAAAUAAUUUUUCACGUGCCGGUGUAUUUGAAGUAACGGCUCAAUCAUGGGGGACAUGUUUCGAAGUGAGAAAAUGUCCUUGUGCCAGAUAUUCCUGCAACCAGAAGCAGCAUAUGAGACAGUGGCACAAUUUGGGGAAGAGGGUUGUGUACAGUUUCGUGAUAUGAACGAAGACCUCACAGCCUACCAGAGGAAGUUUGUCUCUGAAGUAAGGCGUUGCGAUGAAUUGGAACGAAAAAUUCACUUCAUUGAGAACGAAAUCCGAAAAGAUGAUAUUACAAUACCGGAUCUGGAUUUCGAAAAUGUGCCACCUGCACCCAAACCUCGUGAAAUGAUCGAUCUGGAGGCGCAGCUGGAGAAGACCGAAAAGGAAAUCAUUGAAUUGGCACAGAACGAUGUUAAUUUGAAGUCCAACUAUUUGGAAUUAACUGAAAUGUUAAGGGUUUUAGAAAAGACCCAAGGCUUCUUCGAAGAGCAGCAAGUCGUCAAUAUGGAGUUGAGUAAGAACAGAGAUGAUCACCAUCAUCAGGGUGGUCACUUGGGCUUUGUGGCCGGAGUAGUAGGUCGUGACAGGCAAUUUGCAUUCGAACGCAUGUUAUGGCGUGUGGCUCGCGGCAAUGUAUAUGUCAAGAGUUCACAGUUGGAGGAAACCCUCAAGGACCCAAAAACUGGAAGUGUCAUCUACAAGACAGUAUUUGUUGUGUUUUUCCAGGGCGAACAAUUACGAUCUCGAGUGAAAAAGAUAUGUACGGGUUUCCACGCCUCCAUGUAUCCCUGUCCCGAAGAGCAUUCCGAGAGAGCCGAAAUGAUCAAGGGAUUACGAACACGCCUGGAUGAUUUGAAGAUAGUCCUGCAGCAGACCGAGGACCAGCGAAAAUGUGUCCUCACUGCUGUUUGCCAUCAGCUGACCAAGUGGUGUGUUAUGGUGCAAAAGAUGAAAGCCAUCUACCACACCAUGAACAUGUUAAAUCUAGACGUUACAAGCAAGUGUCUGAUCGGUGAGUGUUGGGUGCCCAAUCGCGAUUUACCGGCAGUCCAAUAUGCUCUAGCCGAAGGUUCCAAGGCAGCGGGCAGUCACGUGCCCUCAUUUCUAAAUGUGGUGGAAACAAAUGACACUCCUCCCACAUACUAUCGCACCAACAAGUUCACCCGAGGCUUUCAGAAUCUGAUCGACGCUUAUGGUGUGGCCACUUACCGUGAAGCCAACCCGGGCCUCUAUACUUGCAUCACGUUUCCCUUCCUGUUUGCUGUGAUGUUUGGUGACAUGGGUCACGGCUUCAUUUUGUUCCUUUUCGGUCUGUGGAUGGUGCUCUGGGAGAAAUCACUGGGACGCAAAAGAGGUGGUGAAAUUUGGAAUAUAUUCUUUAGUGGCCGUUACAUAAUUCUCCUGAUGGGUAUUUUUGCCGUUUACACUGGCUUCCACUACAACGAUUGUUUCUCAAAAUCCUUCAAUGUAUUUGGUAGUACAUGGCGCAUACGCUACAACACCACCACAGUGCUAACUAAUGCUGCGGGCUUAACCCUAGAUCCCACCACGGCAGCGGAAGGCGUCUAUGUAAUGGGUAUGGAUCCUAUUUGGCAGUUGGCCGAUAACAAGAUCAUUUUCUUGAAUACCUACAAAAUGAAACUCUCCAUUAUAUUUGGUGUCCUACACAUGGUGUUCGGUGUCUGCAUGUCAGUGGUGAAUUAUGUCUACUUUAAACGAUACGCCAGUAUAUUCCUGGAAUUCAUACCACAAAUGAUUUUCCUGUUGCUGCUUUUCGGCUAUAUGGUCUUUAUGAUGUUCUACAAAUGGGUUAAGUACUCACCCAAAGCAGAGGCCUUAGCCGAAAGUCCCGGUUGCGCUCCCUCCGUUCUAAUUAUGUUCAUAAACAUGGUGCUAUUUAAGUCAUCCGAAGUAUCCGCCGGUUGUGAUGCUAAUAUGUUCAAUGGUCAAACCAGAUUGGAGAUGAUAUUUGUGAUCGUGGCUGUUGUCUGUAUACCAUGGAUGUUGAUUGGUAAACCACUGUACAUCAAAUACACGCGAAAGAGUAAACCUGAGCAUGUCGAAGAUUUCAAAUCAACCGAUACAUUGGAAAUGGUGGAAGGCGAUACUGCCAUUGUGGUAGAAGUAACACAUACUAGCAAGAAGGAAAGCGAUGGUCAUGGCAGUCAUGAGGACGAACCAAUGAGCGAAAUUUGGAUUCAUCAAGCCAUUCAUACAAUUGAAUAUGUCUUGAGUACCAUUUCACAUACAGCUUCGUAUUUGCGUUUAUGGGCUUUAUCUUUGGCUCAUGCUCAAUUAUCUGAAGUACUUUGGACAAUGGUUUUGUCAUUAUCUUUGCAAAUGCAAGGAUACACGGCCUCUAUCGCAGUAUUCUUCAUUUUCGCGAUUUGGGUAUUUUUCACUAUCGCCAUCAUGGUGAUGAUGGAAGGUUUGUCGGCGUUCCUCCAUACAUUGCGCUUGCAUUGGGUCGAAUUCAUGAGUAAAUUCUAUGAAGGCGCUGGCGUGCUGUUCCAACCGUUCAGCUUUAAAGUUAUUUUAGAAGGUGACGAUGACGAUUAAGCUAUCUGCUUCUGAAGUGCAUUUCCUAUAUGGUUAUUAGUCAAAACAUGCAUUUUGGGAUUAUUUUUUUUUUUUUGGCUAUUUUGGCUAUUUGGCGGACGAAAUGCCCAAGGAUUAUUUUUAAACAAAUUUUAAAUUCCAUUUCAAUUAUCAAAUUAGAAUAUAUUGUCAGCUUAAUGCCGCUUUGUGCCA